CCGGAGCAGGGAGAGCAUUCGCCAUUUGGCAGAGACGAGACGGACACCUCUGCGGCGCCGCCUCGGGCCUCGGCAGACGACAGCAAUCACAGCAGCGGCUCUACAAGAAAGAAGAGAAACUGCAGAAACCGCGAGGGCAGGCGCGGCAGCGGGCAGGCAGUCCAUCCCCAUGUGUUUGUGACUUUGUGCUCGUCCUCAUACCCCCCUCCAGCUCCCGUCUCCUCGUGCUCUCCACUGCUGCAUGCGCCUCUUGUCCUGUCCCCCUCCCCACCUUGUUCCUCCCAUCCCGCGCCGUCUCUGCACGAAGCAGAGCGCCGGUCCACCGACAAGGACAGCUACAACUACGACGCGCAGGCAGAGCCAUCGCUCAUCUGGGGCUGCCCUCGGUUACUCCUCCCCUCCGCCGCUGCCCCUGCCUUGUCCACAGCUGUUGUUAAUUCCUUCAUGAGUUGGCGUCGGCGCCAGCGGGGCGGAGGGGAAGGAGGCGGGGCUUCAGCUUCCCCGGCGCCGGCCGCCGCCUGAAGAUCCCUUCUUCUCCUGUAGUCCUGUCGUCGGGCGGGCGAGGUCCAAGCAUCAUGGGGCUCUUAGGUAUGAUGGGCGACUCUUUUGGUUGCUCGGCGACUGGGGAGCGACUUGUGUCUGCUGCAAGAGAUGGAGACAUCCAGGAGGCCAGGGCUCUCUUAGAACUCAAUCCCCGCCUUGCUCGGUACUCCACGUUCGGGAUCCGGAAUUCGCCUCUCCAUUACUCGGCAGCAAAGGGCCACCAUGAGAUUGUCUCCCUCCUAAUCGAGUCCGGUGUUAAUAUUAACCUUAGAAAUUGCAGAGGGCAGACUGCUCUGAUGCAAGCUUGUCUAUAUGGUCACUGGAAAGUUGUACAGAUUCUAGUUCUUUUUAAAGCUAAUAUUCACAGGAGAGAUUGUUUUAGCGGCGCGACCGCUAUUCAUUUUGCCGCGCUAAAAGGUCAUACUCGCUGCAUUCGGCUUCUUGUGGCUGAUUAUGUGCCUAGCUUGUCAGAGUUUUGGACCAUUAUGCGUGGAAAGUCCACAGAUGAAAUGAAAAAGGGUGCCUUUGAUGCCGCGUCUCUCCAGAGACUAGUUAAUGGAAAGUCUGAUGGUGGUGUCACCCCGCUUCACUUGGCAGCCCUUCAUGGACAUGCUGAGAGUGUACAGUUGCUGCUAGACCUUGGAGCCUCUGUCUCUGAGGUGACUGUCAAUGAUGGUUCAACAAUUGACCUCAUUGGUUCGGGGAGCACACCCCUCCAUUACGCGGCGUGUGGUGGAAGUGCUGUUUGCUGCCAACUUCUCAUUGCAGCAGGAGCAAACAUGGGAGCUCAAAAUGUUAACGGGUUGACUCCUUUAUUGGUGGCUCGUUCGUGGCACAAGACUAGCAUCGAAGGUAUUCUAAGCAAGCAACCAGAAAACCGAAUGCGUAUUCUUCCUUCACCAUACCUUUGCUUACCACUGAUGAGCAUUGUCAAAAUUGCCAGGGAAUGUGGAUGGAGGAAAACUUCCGCCUCAUCCACUUGUCAGGAUCCAUGUGUCAUAUGUUUGGAGGUGGAAUGCACUGUAGCUGCAGAAGGUUGCGGCCAUGAGUUCUGCACCAAAUGUGCACUCUACUUGUGCUCCACCACUAGCAGCUCAACAUCCACCCGUGGAGUUCCUGGCUCCAUAUCAUGCCCUCUGUGUCGCCAUGCCAUCGUCUCCUUCAUGAGGCUCACCAGCACUACCCCGAUAAAGGAGCUUCCAUGGACAAGCGCGUCACUAGCUCUAUGUGCAGCGGGCUCAAACACUGGCCGCCCUGAACAUGGCGGGUCCUUGCAUCGAAGGCCUGACCUGCGUCGACUGCGCUCCAUCUCAGUUCAGCUGGGAUGCUCUUCUUUUAGAUCCAUUGGCUCUGGGAAGCUGUCGUCCAUGAAGCUGAACUGCACAGGAGCUGAAGAGGCGGUGCCUUGCCUCGUCAGCUGCCUCAGGCCCGAUGUGCAGCGUUCAUCGUCGUACAGGGGAAGAAUUAGGAGAUAUUCAGAGUUUUGAAAGGAUGGUUUUGUGGCGUCCUUCCUGCGAGUUUUUAGGGUUUGGGAAUUUAAACCUGUGUCGUCAUGUUCCUCUUCGUUUGUUUCCCUGUUGUUUAAUAUGCAUGCAGUCCUCGUUGUGAAGAUCUAUUUGUGUACAUGGCCCGUUUGUCUUCAUUACUUUUACUUAUAUGUGAAUUAUAUACCAUCUCUGUUUUGCAAUU